UCUCGCUCUCUCUUUCUCGUUUUGCAGAUCCUAGGUGCUGCCUUUUCUCAGUCCAUCGCGGAUAAACAUUUCUACUGCAUGAGAGUAACCAAAGGGUGAUCCACUCCUUCCUCUCCGAUGGGGAACUCAGAGCCAGCUUUCCAGCCUUCUCGUUGUUGUCCUUCUCUGGCCGCAGUCCCUCCUGCUGCUGACUUGGGCGAUGCUUUCUCAAGCUUAAGACGUUGCUGACAGAUUGGCAAAAGCAAGAGUGUGUUCAGACCUCCGCACUGUGUAAGCAAAGUGAAGACUGGAAGUUCCUUCAACUUUCUAAACAGCUGUGUUCACCAGCAAUUUCAUUGCUAGGCCAAAGCAUCAUGAGGAGGCAAUUCUGGGGAUGUUGGCUAUUUUGCACUUGAUUUUCCCGAGGAACUCAAGACCAGUGUUUGUUUUUGAAGAGUUCUUACUUUGCUUAGGUGCACUCUUCUCUUGAUUGAAAGUGUCCACAGAAAAUCAUGAACUCGGACCUGUGGAUUUUGUGUGAACCACUGAAGAAUACCAUAAGCAGUGGGAUCUCAAGUGUAAAAGGACAUGGUCCAGGAUUAUCUCUUGACGACACCAGAGGACUUUUACAAACACACCUCCAUAAUUUGUAUCAUACCUUCUGGGCAGUAAGAUGUGGAACACUUCUCUUUGAGAAGUAAUGCAAAGUGAAAACCCAGGUUAUGCUGAAAAGGAGGGACGAUGCUUCCGAGAUACUGUUUUCCAAACCUCGGUGGUCAUGCUCUUCUCACGCAAAACACCCAGUGAUGACUGUUGAGAAACGGGACAUUUUCUUCCCCUCUUGAGUGUUCUAAACAAAGAAAUCCAACAUGGAGGUUGCAAUGGUAAGUGCAGACAGCUCUGGGUGCAACAGCCACAUGCCCUAUGGAUAUGCCGCCCAAGCAAGAGCCAGGGAAAGAGAGCGGCUGGCACAGUCCAGGGCGGCGGCGGCGGCAGCUGUAGCGGCUGCAACGGCUGCCGUAGAAACGGGGGUCUCUGGAGGAGGAGGACCUCAGCACCACUAUCACCAGGAACAGAGUCGUGGGGCCUCCUCUUCCUCCUGUGGCGGGAACACAUCACGGAGCAGUUAUCAUCAGAGCAGGAGGAAAAAGCAAAGGAGGAAAAAAGCCUACUGCCUUGGCAGCAGGGAGUUUGGUGCCUCUUUCCCUUGCUCUGAGUUGCUGCCCCUGAGUGGCUCAGAGGAGAAGAUCCUGAAGGACCUGAGUGAGGAGGACGAAGAGGAAGAAGAGGAGGAAGAUGAUGAUGGGGAGGAUGAAGAAGACGAGGAAAGGAAGUUCUACUGCACUGAUGAAGGAGGUGAAGAUGAGUAUUCGUUUUCCGAUCAGCUUCCUGAUGACGGUGCUGGGCCUGGCGGCUACACUUCUGUCCGCUACAGCGAAUAUGAAUGCUGCGAACGAGUUGUCAUCAAUGUUUCUGGCCUGCGGUUUGAGACUCAACUGAAGACCUUGGCUCAGUUCCCCGAAACACUGCUGGGUGACCCGGCAAAGCGGGGCAGGUACUUUGACCCUCUCCGGAAUGAGUAUUUCUUUGACAGGAACCGCCCCAGCUUUGAUGCAAUUUUAUAUUACUAUCAGUCCGGAGGACGUCUGAAAAGGCCUGUCAAUGUCCCCUUUGACAUUUUCAGCGAGGAGGUGAAAUUCUACGAACUCGGGGAGGAGGCCAUGCUGAAGUUCAGAGAGGAUGAAGGCUUCGUCAAGGAAGAAGAUGACAAGGUACUGCCUGAAAACGAAUUCAAGAAGCAGGUGUGGCUGCUCUUCGAGUACCCUGAAAGCUCCAGCCCUGCCCGAAUUAUUGCCAUCGUCUCGGUUUUGGUCAUUUUGAUCUCCAUCGUCAUUUUCUGCCUGGAGACGCUGCCGGAGUUCAGAGAUGAGAAGGAGCUGAUCUUGACCUACAAUGUGGAGAAUGUGAAUGAGACGCUGCAGAUGCUGGGUGGGGGACAUACGAUUUUCAACGACCCCUUCUUCAUUAUUGAGACCGUUUGCAUCAUUUGGUUCUCGUUUGAGUUUACAGUGCGCUUCUUUGCUUGCCCCAGCAAAGCAGUCUUCUUCAAGAACAUCAUGAACAUCAUAGACAUUGUUUCCAUUUUGCCUUACUUCAUCACCCUGGGUACAGACUUGGCCCAGCAGCAGGGCAGCAACGGCCAGCAGGCCAUGUCUUUCGCCAUCCUGAGGAUCAUCCGUCUCGUCCGAGUGUUUCGCAUCUUCAAGCUCUCCAGACACUCCAAGGGUUUGCAGAUCCUGGGCCACACUCUCAGGGCCAGCAUGAGGGAACUGGGCCUCCUGAUCUUCUUCCUUUUUAUUGGCGUCAUUUUGUUUUCCAGUGCUGUUUAUUUUGCAGAAGCUGAUGAAUCUCUCACUCAUUUUCACAGCAUCCCAGAUGCCUUUUGGUGGGCUGUUGUGACCAUGACUACAGUUGGUUAUGGGGACAUGAAGCCCAUCACUGUUGGUGGGAAAAUAGUCGGGUCCCUAUGUGCCAUUGCAGGUGUGUUAACCAUUGCUUUACCAGUGCCAGUGAUUGUCUCCAACUUUAACUAUUUUUAUCACAGAGAGACCGAAAAUGAGGAAAAUACCCAGCUGACACAAAACGCAGUCAGCUGUCCGUACCUUCCGACGAUACUCAAGAAAAUCCGAAGUUCGUCAUCUUCGUCCAUGGAGGAGAAAUCAGAGUAUUUGGAGAUGGAGGAAGGGGUUAAAGAGUCUCUUUGUGUGAAGGAGAAAAAGUGUCAGGUCACAGGAAACGGCAGUGAGACAGCAAAACAGAACUGUGUUAAUGCAAAAUCUGUGGAAACGGAUGUUUAA